AUGGCGUCUCUACUGCAGGAGGACCUGUUCGAGACCCGCGCGCAGGCCCCGGCCCCCAGCAAGGACUUCUACCAGCUGAUCGUCACCCGGAAGGAGGUAAUUUUCAGAUGGUGGAAAAUCUCUCUUAGAAGUGAAUUUCGUGAAGCAAAGCCUGGGGAACUUAAAGAAUCUCAUGAAUACUUCUUGGAUGAUCCAUCUCUUCAGAUUCAAAUUGCUGUCGUGUUUGGUGCCAACAUUCUGGAACAUAUCUUCAAUCUGUGCCAGGGUAACUUUGACUUCCUGGAACGGCUUCCUGACCCAUUGCUCCUGUACAUCAUUUCCUUUCUGGAGCUUGAAGAUAUUGCCAGGCUUUCUCAAGUUUCACACAGAUUUAAAACGAUAUGCAACUCUGACACACUGUGGGAGAAAAUUGUGCAGAAUUUGUGUGGUGCAAUUACCCCUGAAAUGAGAGCACUGGCACAGGAAGUGGGUUGGAAGCAGUUCUUCUUCACAAACAAGCUUCAGCUUCAGCUGCAGCUCCGAAGAAGGAGGCAGAAAGAAGAUGAUUCAAAGAAAUCAAAGACUAAAUAA